UAUUAUACUCAUCUGUAUGGUGUUGGUGUGUGGCUGUGUGCAUGUAUUAUUAUAUACUCUUUAUACACGACUGUUAUCGUGUAGCUUACCUAUUUUUCUGUCAUCUCCUGUUCUUCCGUAACUUACAAGACUAUUUUAUGUUGCAGUUCUAAAUUAAUGUAUAAAUGAAAACAUAACUGCAGAACAAAGAGGGAGAAAUCGACACUUGCCCUACUAAAGUUCCUACUCUUCUGUAAUUGAAAUGUGUUUCUGGAUUGUUAGACUCGAUUGGUCAUUAAAUGUAUAGCUAGUUAUAUACAUGUGUCUUCUACAAAUAGGCAAGUAAGAAGGCAAAUACACGCACAGACUGCAUAAAGACUACGGAGUUAGGUAAAUAACCUCCACAUUUUUUUUAACUCUGGCAUUUGCCAAACUCUGUAUGCUAUUCCGCCCAGAUCUACGCAAAUGGGAUUUUUGUGAAAAGCAUCUAAUUUAGGUUAACAUAUGUAGCAAUCGCCUGUCUUGAGUAUGCUCCAUGAUCAGCCGAUGCAGAAUGCAUAACAUACUGCACUUGCUGCUAACAAACGUAGGUGCUCUUUUAGUGGCAUGCACAUUUCAUUGUGAGCUGGUUUCAGUUUUUUACUGUGGUUUUGGUGCUAUAAUGCACUAAAAGACUUGUCCUUAACUAGUUUUUAUUUAUGUUGCAUUUAUGAGAAAUACACAGACACGCACGACUGUUGGCAACAGAAUUAUCUUUAUGAGGUUGUAGAAUACAUUUGCUUCUAUGAGUUUUUCGUUAUCUAGUUUGUAAUUUUAUAACCUAGAGCCUACAAGCAAACGCUGUUCAUAGUUUCAUAGGUUCAUACUAGGCUAUCUGCCCUGGGGCAAUUAUAAGCCUAGCCCGAUUCUGUAUGGCUUACGCCACCCCCUUGAUUUGAGUAUACUGUGCCCAUUUGAGUUAAAUCAUACGAGAAUUGUGGAAGAUAUUACGAUUAGUUAUAGUCAUGACAACCUACUUAUGGAGAUUCUAAUUAUUGUGGAUAGUUUUAAGAAAUUAACAUACUUGAUAUUUUAUAGGUUGAGAACUGUUCUUAAAUCAAUAGAAAACCAAAGUGACUAUGUCCACAGUAGAGAACGAGAGAGAGUGAGAUUGAGACGGCUCACCGAAGUGUAUGCAAUUCAUCCAAUAGUUCGACACACCACUUGUAAUAAAUAGCAUUGUUCCUUUAACAGCACUAUAGGGAAACAGACAACAUAUAUACUUUCCCGGGGGCCAUGUCUGCGUAGCAAUCAAAAAUAGAGAAGUGACAUUCCAAGGAAAAAAUAUUUACAGUUUGGUGCGAUCUUCAAGGUGAAAAAGACUUUUCCUCCCGCAAAACAGUCAGUUUGGUGGUACUUCUCACCAGACCUGCACAUAAAAUGAGAGUCAAUCAGGUUCACAUGGGAAUCUGUCUCUGUCAAUGCAUGCACACAUUUUGUACUCAUUUUCAAAAUAAAGGCGCUGUCGUUCACUUUAAGCACAUAAACAGCACAUUAAUGGACUGAAAAAGCCACUAGUAGUCUAUGCUGCGUUCGGGAUAUUUGUUAAUUCCUGCCAACGUGUAAUAGAAAGGGAAACCCGCCAUAAGGGCAGUUUAGACCACUUAAAUAGACUUCUCUGAGAUAAAAAAAUGAAACACUACAGCUGCUACCAAGUUUCACAAAUGUUCCUCAGUUUGAUUUAAACUUUUUGCUUUGACCCUUUUAAAAUAUUGAUAUUUGUAACAGAUCAUGUUACUUUGUAUAACUCUCAACUGUCCAAAUGUUCGCAGAACGUCCAGAUUUUUGUCAUAUAUUUUGGUCUGUUCUUCAUGAAAAUCGUGGUUUUCAGGCAAUUCCUUGAGAACUGGUCACUGAAUAAUGACAUACAUUUGAGUUUCAUACUCCGUUACCUUAGGCAAAUGUAUGAUAAUGCAAACCAUGUUAUUCUGUAAACUUUCUAAGUUUAUAAGAGCAAUAUUAAUAAAUUGUCCCUAUUUUAGGGGUCCCCUCCCGUUAUUUUUGGCUUUGCGCAGAUUGUAUGUUUGUAAUGCAUUGUAUUAUGCUACUUUUCCCCACGACAUUUUUCCCCACAGAAGUGCAUCGAUAAACAUCGUCAUUUUGAAAUCUGCUUUGCGAGAUAAUGCCUGUGAUUUGUGGUGCAUGCCACUGGAUUUUAUAAAACGUGCUUCCUAAUGUGAGAAGGAAGCGGUGAGAGUUGUGGAAAUGGCCGCGCGUUCGCUCCCAUUUUAUCCAUUUGCAAAGGUAUGCACAAACAACAACACCAGCAUCUGACAGCAGCUAAGUAGCAGCACAUAUUCACUCGGUUCAGCUAAUGGCCAAUGGCGCUGGAGCGCGUCACAACACAGUCGCCUGCCUGCCUGAGUCCUGGCGCUGUCCGCAUUCCACGGUGCUGAAACCAGCUGUAUUUCAGAUUUCAACAUUAACUCAUCUCUUGCAGCCGAAGGAAUACAGGAGACAAAACAAUAGUAAGAUUAAGUGAAGGCUAUCAUGGAGGAGGAGCUGAAAUGCCCAGUGUGCGGCUCCUUCUUCAGAGAUCCGAUCAUCCUGCCGUGUUCCCAUAACGUAUGCCUGGCCUGUGCUAGGACCAUCAUAGUGCAGACCCCUGAUGGAGAGUCACUCCCCCAUGCUCGCUCGUUUGGGGCCACCGAGUAUGACUGCUUGGAAGUUGAUAAGAUGAGUCUUUAUAGCGAGGCAGAUAGCGGCUACGGUUCUUACACUCCCAGCCUUAAAUCGCCCAAUGGAGUUCGGGUUUUGCCUCCAGCUCCUAGCCACCGCAAUGCCUCCAUCACCUGUCCACAGUGCCACCGUAGCGUAACUCUGGAGGAGAGGGGUCUCCGCGGAUUUCCUCGCAACCGGCUCUUAGAAGCCAUCGUGUACCGCUACCAACAGGCCCGGGCAGCGUCAGCAAAGUGCCAGCUUUGUGACCGCAAUCCGGCGGAGGCCACCGUCAUGUGUGAACAGUGUGAUGUGAUGUAUUGCUCUCCGUGUCAAAAAAAGUGUCAUCCAUCCAGAGGCCCUUUGGCCAAACAUCGCCUGCUGCCGCCGAGUCAGGCACCGAGCAGCAAACAGUCGGCUGCUCGUAAGAUUUCCACCUGUGCAGAGCAUGAACUGGAGAAUUACAGCAUGUACUGUGUUGACUGCAAAACGCCUGUGUGUUAUCAAUGUCUCCAGGAUGGGAAACACAGCAAACAUGAAGUGAAAGCCCUGGGUGCAAUGUGGAAACAACAUAAGGCACACUUGUCACAGGCCCUAGGUGGAGUGUCAGAUAAAGCAAAGGAAGCCAAGGAGUUUUUGGUACAACUGAAAGGUUUAUUACAACAAAUACAGGAGAACAGUCUGGAAUAUGAGGCCUGCCUUGUUGCCCAGUGUGAUGCUUUAGUUGAUGCACUAAAUCGACAAAAAGCAAAAUUACUUACUAAAGUCACCAAGGAACGUGAAUUUAAGCUGAAGGUUGUUUGUGACCAGAUAACUCAUUGUACAAUGAAACUGCGGCAAUCGACAGGAAUGAUGGAGUACUGUCUGGAAGUAAUCAAAGAAAAUGAUCCAUGUGGAUUUUUGCAGAUUUCAGAUGCUUUGAUUAAGCGAGUACAGAUGUCACAGGAACAGUGGGUAAAAGGAGCACUGGAGCCUAAAGUGUCAGCAGACUUUGAGCUGACCUUGGACAGCGAACCUCUACUGCAGUCAAUUCAUCAGCUUGACUUUGUUCAGAUGAAAUUUCCCCUUACAGUACCAGCCUCACCAAUACUUCAGCUGGAGAAAUGCUGCACGCGCAACAACAGUGUGACACUAGCAUGGAGAAUGCCGUCGUUUACCCACAAUCCAGUUGAAGGUUAUGUUCUAGAACUUGAUGAUGGCAAUGGAGGACCAUUCAGGGAGGUGUAUGUUGGUAAAGAAACCUUGUGCACCAUAGAUGGCUUACACUUCAACAGCACAUACAAUGCCAGAGUAAAAUCAUUUAAUUCAUCAGGACCCGGGCCGUACAGCAAAACUGUUGUGUUACAGACAUCUGAUGUGGCAUGGUUUGCCUUUGAUCCCAACUCUGCACAUCGAGAUAUCUGCUUGUCCAAUGAUAAUCUCACAGCUACCUGCAGUAGCUAUGAUGACCGAGUAGUACUAGGAACAGCAGCAUUCUCCAAAGGGGUUCACUACUGGGAACUGUGUAUUGAUCGCUAUGACAAUCAUCCUGAUCCAGCAUUUGGGGUAGCAAGGGUCAACGUGGUGAAGGAUAUCAUGCUAGGGAAGGAUGACAAAGCAUGGGCGAUGUAUGUUGACAAUAACCGCAGCUGGUUUAUGCACAACAAUUCACACACCAACAGGGCAGAAGGGGGUAUCACUAAAGGCUCUGUAGUUGGGAUUCUUCUGGACCUGAACAAGCACAUCCUGAUAUUUUACAUCAAUGGACGGCAACAAGGACCUGUGUCAUUUGAACAUUUAGAAGGUGUUUUUAUGCCAGCAGUGAGCCUCAAUCGCAAUGUCCAGGUGAGCCUGCAUACAGGAUUGGAGCUGCCAGUGCACAUAAAACAGACCAAACUGUCUACAUGAAGCUGUGAUAAGUUAACACAUGCUGCCUUCAGACAUCUUGUCACCUACUGUGAUCCCGGCACAGCACAACAGCUGUCCAAGAACUCACACCCAUUGUAACCGAACAGUGAAAUCACCCGUUUUUGUUUGUUUUCAAUGCCUUAUACUAUGCUGCAAAAAACACAUUAAACAUUUUUGUUAUCAGUU